GUUGUAGUCAAAUACUGACCUUGCGAAUGGAUGCCGUAUAUUAGGGUUCGAGUGUCUUUGAACCAGGGUCUGAUACUCUUUUCAAGAAUCGCAGUUUGUCUUGAAAGAAAGGAGUAUGCGAAUCUUUUAAAUAGAUGUCUGGAUCCGCAUGAUGCUGGAACUUAAAGCAAGGUGAAGUUUUCACCGGUCAGCUUUCGCAGACUGUCACAGAUGGCGCUACAAGCGUUGUAGUUUUACGUGAUUUGAAUCAUCAAUUUUACGGGAAUUGAACCAGCAACAGUUUCUGCGCUGGCAAUUAGAUCGCUGAAGACUGCCCGAGUAGUUAAAACGACCCCGACUUCUUCUCUUCCUAACGAAAACUGCACGAAACGGGAGUCGGUCACCGGCAGUGCCUAUCGACUCAUUCAUUCGACAGAUAACUACGUGACAGAACAGACGGACGGCAGCUUCAAGAGAAAUGGCAGCGUUUCAUCCAUCACCCACUCUACGCGGCCUGCGACAUGCGAUCAGCAUGCAGGCUCGUUUCUGUUCAUCUAAUGCCCCAACCACCAAAAUGUUUAUUCACGGCAAAUUCGUCGAUUCAAAAACGAAGGAAUGGGUAGAUCUUAAGAAUCCUGCUACUAACGAGAUUGUUACGCGGGUACCUUGCUCCACCCAGGAUGAGAUGAACGCUGCGGUUGAUAGUUGUAGGAACGCCUUCCAGACCUGGAAAAACACAUCCCUCUUAACUAGACAGCAGUAUAUGUUUCGCCUUCAGAAUCUGAUUAAGGCUAACACAAAAAGGUUAGCUGAGAGCAUCACAACAGAACAGGGUAAAACUUUAACUGAUGCAGAAGGUGACGUUUUUCGAGGACAACAAGUUGUGGAACACGCGUGCAGCGCCAGUUCCCUGCUGAUGGGAGAAACAACAAAUCAAGUCACAAAGGAUAUGGAUAUCCUCAGCUAUCGACUGCCCCUUGGUGUAACAGCAGGUAUUUGCCCUUUUAAUUUCCCCGCCAUGGUACCGCUUUGGAUGUUUCCAAUGGCGAUUGUAUCGGGCAACACAAUGAUCCUUAAACCGUCCGAAAAGGACCCUGGUGCUACGAUGAUUCUCAUGGAGCUCCUUCAAGAAGCCGGAGUUCCUGAUGGCGUCGUCAAUGUUAUCCACGGAACUCGGGACUCGGUCCGUUUCAUUUGCCAAAACCCUUACAUCAAAGCGAUCUCAUUUGUAGGUGCAGAUACGGCCGGAAAGUACAUUUACGAGGAGGGUGCAAAGAACGGAAAACGUAUGCAGUGCAAUAUGGGAGCGAAGAACCACGGAGUAAUUAUGCCUGACGCAAAUAAGGAACAUACUCUCAAUCAGCUGGUCGGCGCUGCGUUUGGAGCUGCCGGACAGCGUUGUAUGGCGUUGUCAACGGCGAUCUUCGUGGGCGAAGCUCGUGAAUGGGUUCCGGACUUAAUUGAGCGUGCUAAAAAAUUGAAAGUCAAUGCAGGUCAUGUGCCGGGAGCCGACUUUGGUCCCGUGAUCAGCGUGGAGAGCAAAAACCGCAUCCAUGAGCUGAUCGAGUCAGGCGUCAAGGAGGGCUGUAAGCUUCUUCUAGACGGACGUGACAUUGUGGUAAAAGGCUUUGAGAAGGGAAACUUCAUAGGACCCACACUUCUUCAUGGCUUCACGCCGUCAAUGCGCUGUUAUCGCGAGGAAAUUUUCGGUCCGGUUCUUAUUUCCACUGAGGUUGACACACUCGACCAGGCCAUCGAGAUCAUCAACAACAACCUGUACGGCAAUGGGACGGCUAUCUUUACAACAAACGGUGCUACGGCGCGUAAGUUUACCUUUGAAGCUGACUGUGGUCAAGUUGGAAUUAACGUGCCAAUUCCAGUGCCCUUGCCGAUGUUUUCGUUUACCGGUUCUCGUGGCUCAUUUCUUGGUGAUGCCAAUUUCUAUGGCAAGGCUGGUCUCAAUUUCUACACGCAAUGGAAGACCGUCACUCAGUUGUGGAGGACCCAGGACUCAUCAUCAACAAAGGCUGCCGUAGCCAUGCCUAUUAUGCGUUAAUGGUGCAAAUAUCGUAAGAUUUUUGCCGAUCUGUUGAAUGAUGGUGAUGGUGUGUUUUUGUUAACGAUGUACAAUGCAGAAUUCCGAUAAGCUCAAUGACGCUUUACCAUGGCGACGAAUGAGGCUCGGAUAGGCCUUUCCUUUUUACAAGAUGAUGAAAAAAAGGAUUAUAAAAUGUAUGCGAUGGUGCCAAACGGGAUAUAUCUAUCCACUGUCACAUGACAAACUCCUAUAUGAAUGCAUAUAUUUUCUAAUAAAAAGGGAUAGUAGAUAAAUAUAUGGCUCAGGUUCUAAGCGAUUAAAGUAACACUACAAAAAUAUCAAGCUUUCCCAAUGUAAUAUAAUCUUUAU